AUGUCCACGUUUCCCUCAUGGAAGGAUCGCACACAGAACCAGUUCGGCAAACUCCAGAUCCAGAUGCCAUGGCGCUCCUUUCAGAUGCUGGUGCCGCAUCGCAUGCGCCGCAAGAUCCGGUCAAAGCUACGGAGUCGCUUAUCGCCAACAUCCUCGAUCUCGACCCUGCAAACCUCCUUCUCGCCCGUCGACACCCUUCGAUCCCUGCAGGCGCAUCGAUGGACCAUGUAUGAUUUCCAGUAUCUGCUGCUCCUGAUCAUCGGCAUCUUCUCCCUGACGGUCAUGCAACACCCUGGCCCACUCGCGAAGACCGCCAUCUCCACCCUCAUCUUGUUAUCAUUGAUGCUGCCCAUCACCCGGCAGUUCUUUCUUCCGUUUUUGCCCAUCGCUGGGUGGCUCAUUUUCUUCUACGCGUGCCAAUUCGUUCCUAGCGAUUGGCGACCUGCUAUCUGGGUCCGGGUGCUCCCGGCCAUGGAGAAUAUCUUAUAUGGUGCCAAUAUCAGUAACAUUCUGUCGGCCCAUCAGAACGUGGUGCUCGAUGUGCUGGCUUGGAUUCCGUAUGGUUUGUGCCACUACGGUGCGCCUUUUGUCGUCUCCCUGAUCCUCUUCAUCUUUGGUCCCCCGGGCACCACCCCCCUCUUCGCUCGCACUCUCGGAUAUAUCAGCAUGUUGGCCGUGACCAUUCAGCUGGCCUUCCCCUGUUCCCCCCCGUGGUAUGAGAAUCUGUACGGUCUGGCGCCCGCCGACUACUCCAUGCAGGGUAACCCGGCAGGUCUGGCCCGCAUUGACAAGCUCCUGGGCAUUGACCUGUACACCUCGGGUUUCAAGCAGUCUCCCGUGGUCUUUGGUGCGUUCCCCUCGCUGCACGCGGCGGAUUCCACCCUGGCCGCGCUCUUCAUGAGCCACGUCUUCCCCCGCAUGAAGUUCCUCUGGGUCACCUAUACCCUGUGGAUGUGGUGGGCGACCAUGUACCUCUCCCACCACUACGCCGUCGACCUGGUCUGCGGUGGUCUGCUCGCCACCGUCGCUUUCUACUUCGCUAAGACCCGCUUCUUGCCUCGCGUCCAGUCCGAUAAGAUGUUCCGCUGGGACUACGAUUAUGUCGAGGUUGGCGACUACUCGCGCGACGACGAGUGGACCGUGGGCUCUUCGUCCUCGGUUUCUUCUGGUUCGCUCAGCCCCGUCGACGACCACUACACCUGGGAGAGCGAAACUCUGACCUCGAACCACGACAUUGAGGCCGGUCGCUAA